AACGCCAAGGUGUCGGUUCAAACCCCUUGUGACAGUAGCAGCUGUGUGUGCCCCUGACCCCAUCUCAGCAUCUAGACGAAGGCCAAAGCCCUCCUCUGGGCCCGGUGACUUUUUUGUUUACGCAGCCAGGAAGAGUCACCUGGGCCAGUCCCAGGCCUGGGUGAGUCAGCUGACCAGGGGACAGGCACCACCCUGUCAGGAGCAGGAACCCCGCUGGGACAAGGGCCACCGCCCGCCAGAGGAAGCACAGACACUCUCAGCAGUGGCCGGAGAAGGACCUGUGGCAGCUCCUGGACCGCAGGGUGUUUCCGGGAGCAGCCAUGUCCACCCUGUAUCCAUCCCUGGAGGACCUGAAGGUGGACCAAGCCAUUCGGGCCCAGGCCAGAGACACACCCAAGAUGCCCACCUUGCCCGCGCAGGAGACAGCUUCCCCCCAGCCUUCAGUUUUGUACCCCAACCUGGCAGAACUGGAAAAUUAUAUGGGUCUUUCCCUCUCCAGCCAAGAAGUCCAAGAGAACCUGCCUCAGAUUCCAGAUGCUGCCAGUACUGUGGUCUCUGGCCCCUUGCCCGGCCAGGUGGUGGCGCCGGUGUCCGGGAACAACCUGGGCGUGCGGCGUGCGGAGAUUAAGCCCGGGGUGCGGGAGAUCCAUCUGUGCAAGGAUGAGCGUGGCAAGACCGGCUUGCGGCUGCGGGCCAUCGACAAGGGGCUCUUUGUGCAGUUGGUACAGGCCAACACCCCCGCAUCCCUCGUGGGGCUGCGCUUUGGAGACCAGAUCCUGCAGAUUGAUGGGCGAGACUGUGCCGGGUGGAGCGCAGACAAGGCCCACCGCGCAGUGAAGAAGGCGUCAGCGGAGAAGAUUGUCAUGGUCGUUCGGGACAGGCCAUUCCAGCGGGCUGUCACCAUGCACAAGGAUGGCACUGGCCACGUGGGCUUCGUCAUCAAGAAGGGGAAGGUGGUCUCCAUAGUCAAAGGCAGUUCUGCGGCCCGCAACGGGCUCCUCACCAACCACUAUGUGUGUGAAGUGAAUGGGCAGAAUGUCAUCGGGCUGAAGGACAAAAAGGUCACAGAGAUCCUGGCCAUGGCCGGGAACGUCGUCACCCUGACCAUCAUCCCAACUGUGAUCUACGAGCACAUGGUCAAAAAGUUGUCCCCGACCUUGCUCCACCACGGCAUGGACCACUCCGUCCCCGAUGUCUGAAGGCGCAGCUCGGCUCCCCCACCCUCCGGCGGGAAAGGGAGAGCCCUCUGGGACCUGCCGCCUCGGGCACGGGUGUCUCCACGGGGGUGUGUUCCAGGCGGGGUGACGGCGGAUCACGUCACCUGUCAUUGCUGACGCAGGCCUCCUUGGAGCCUCAGACUCCUGACCGCACUGAGGCAGGGGCAGCGCUCACGGGCGGCCUGCCCUCCGAGCCGGUUGAAACUCGGGGCGGGCAGGCCGGCCGACCGGCUAAGGGCUUCUCGCAGUUGCAGCCUGGUCCCUCUCAACAUUUUGCCUCUCCAAGAAAAACAGUCCUGCGUACUGAGAACAGAAACACGUUCUUUGCACAAGUUUUUUCUUUUUCCUUCACUUGAUCUUGGUCACAAACUGUACAUAGUUGUAACU